AUGAACCUACUUACGCAGAAGGGUGCCGAAGAACCACGUUAUUGGACCUUACGGUCUUCUCGCGGUGAAAGUUGUCUACCUAUGUUGAGGAACACUGUACAAAUUCAUCAAAGGAUAUACGAACCUGUCAGGCUUUGGCUGGAGAUGCCGUUCAGAACAGUCGACUCUUGGAAACUAACCUCCGACACUGCCAUGGAAUCUUCUACGGUUGAAGUCCUUGUCGAUCAAGAGCUCAAGUCCACCAAUCAGAAACUCCGGCGCAAAGGCAGUUUUGUCGAAGCCAUCCUUGCAGGCACCCUGCUUAACUAA